GUUCUCAGGCUUGUCCUCACGGUGUAUCAUCACCAUAACCCCUACCCGUGUCUUACCCGUACUGAGACGCAAGAUGCGUUGCACCAUCAUCGCCGCUGUUUGCUGUGUCCUUGCGUUAACAGCAGCGGCGGAAGAGGCUGUCCAACAGAAUCAACAGCCACUGGACAUCGGAACGGCCGCUAUCGAAAAUCAGGUUGAUGGCGGUGAUGUACACGUCAGGGAAAAGAGAACGCUGUUCUUGAAGAAAAAACUGAUUGGCGCUGGUCUUCUUGGCUUCGGUCUUGGUGUUGCCAAAGGCUACAAAGCCGGUUACUUCCACGGACCGGAAGUACAUCAUGUUUAUCUUCCACCGCCUCCGGUGAAAUACGUGGAAUAUGUCGAAAAACCUGUUUUCAUCGAGAAAAUCAUUCCGAAACCCAUUUACAAACCACACAUCGAAUAUGGCGCGCCGAUCUGGUCGCAACCAGACUCCUACGGGCCUUGGUAAAUCUAAGGUGCAAUUCGCGUAUCGAUCUGAUCUCCUUUACCUGAGGUGCCAAAAAUUUGCGCGUGCAUCGCGCAUGUCAUCAUCAAGCCGGUCUCAGUUGGGAGUCUCUUGAAGUACAAGAAAAGCAAUAACUAGUAUUUAGCCAUUGUUAAACAAUCAAAUAUAUUGUUAUUAUUUUUGUUACUGAUGUUAUAGACUAAUAAUAAAACACAUAAGACACGUAAA